CUCAUUACUCAGGUCCAUAUUUUUCCGAUCCUGGUUCGAUUUUGACGCGCCUCGGAAAUCCACGGGCGGUGAAAGAGGUCGGUCGAAUUUUCGAACGCGCCUCGGAACUCCUCAGGCUCUGUUUUGGGUGUUAGCUAUUGAUUGGUUUCGAGUCUCGACAAACCCCGGAACUCCACGGGUUGUACAAAAUGUGAGUGGCAUUUUCGGACGCGUCUCAGAACGUUCGAGCCUCUGACGCUUCUUCACGGAGCACUGCGGAUACGACCCCACAUCCAUAUCCCGGUCUACCACCGCACUGGAGGCGAGGCACCAAUGUAAGCACUGAUCCCAAUCAUGAGGAGACAGCGGAACAAGCGGAACCUGGAAAGCAAUCUCCGACGGUGAGCGUGAGCAAAGCGCAAAGAAAGUGCGGGGACAGUCCCGGGCAAGGGGGCGGCAAAGCACAGCAAAGAGGUGGUGAGCUACCGCUGAUCUCGCAUUCGAGGCGAGGCGCCGACGUACGCACUGAUCCCGGCCAAGAGGAGACAGCGGCACAAGCGGAGGCUGGAGAAAGCGAUCUCUGAUGGUGAGCGCGAGUAAAGCGCAAAGAAAGCGCGGGGACGGUCCCGGGCAAAGGGGUGGCAAGGCACAACGAAGAGGCGGUGAGCUAUCACUGAGCACGGGCUACUCGUGCUUGAUGGUGGUGACAAUUGAGGCGUCCGAAGCAUAAUGCAGCUAAUAUAUACAUUUAGAAUGAAGGACGAUGUACUACGACCAUUAAAUAGCACGUCCGACGUGAGCGCGGGGCUGACGCGAUGAGCAGCGACGAUAUCAUUGAUCAGAUCUGUGCACAAGCUACGCCCACGCCCCCAUCACACAAGCCAAGCCCGGCCCGCUAAUUUUAAACUCCGACAUGGGGCACAAGCCUGGUUGACAAGCCGGUAUAAUAAGUCUCGAUGCCAGUACUCAGUCUGACACCGGCCGACUGGCGAGAUGGUGCGAUCCACGCGUUCGAAGAGGCAGAUAUAGCUGUCCGCUCUCAGGGUGUUCACACCGGGCUACUGUGCUGCGCCACUGCGUUACAGGCCGCACUGCAAAUCGGUGCCGGUCGACCGCUAUUUCGAAUCUCUAGCACCGAUACAUACACGCACCGACCAGGAACAGGUAUGUACGUAGACAGCGAAAGACCGCGCCAGCGCCGCUGUCACGGCAGGAACCACAUGGAACUCGAGAACCACUGACCGAUGAAGCUUGAACGUGGAUGAUGAUUUUGAAUCGGGGGCACUGGCCGGGCCCCUCGCAGGCUUCUUGAUACCCAUCGUGGCCUGCCGCAGAGUAUUUAUGUACAGAAAGACCGCGUCCCCUGACGAGGCUCCGUCUGUCGACCUGUUGUCCCACCCCCAGGAUGCUCACCCCCGCUCUACUCACGCUUUGCGCGCUCGCUCGCACCGCCUCGGCCGCGACGGCGCAGACGUUCGUUCCGCCCUCCAAAGGGCCGCUGGUGCAGACGGCGAACUACACGACGUUCUCCAAUUCGACCAUCAAAGACGGCAAGCCCGUGAAGGGGAAGGUGUUUGACCGGAUCGUGCAGGUGUGGUUGGAGAACACGGAUUUCGCGACCGCGGCCGCGACGCCGAUUUUCCAGUCGAUCGCGAACCAGGGUAUCCUCCUCACGAACUGGAACUCGCUCACACACCCGUCCGAGCCGAACUACAUCGCUGCGAUGGGCGGCGACUUCUUCGGCACACACGACGACAACAUGUACCACGUUCCGGCGAACAUCACGACCCUCGUCGACCUGCUCGAGGACCGCGACGUGUCCUGGGGCGCGUACCAAGAGAACCUCCCGUCGGAUGCGUUCUACGGAUUCAACUUCGCUGCGCCCAAUUACGCCGACCCGAGCGCGCCCGCGUACACGUACUACGUGCGCAAGCACAACCCGCUGAUCAUCUUCGACGCGAUCUCGCAGAACCCGGCGCGGGCCGCGCGCAUCCGGAGCUUCAACGACUUUGCGAACGACCUCGUGAACGGGACGCUCCCGCAAUGGAUGUUCGUCACUCCCAACAUGGUGAAUGACGCACACGACACGACAAUCGACUUUGCGGCGUCGUUCCUCGAAUACUGGCUUGUCCCGCUUCUGACGGACCCGCGGUUCAACGGAGAAAAGACGCUCAUCUUGUUGACGUUCGAUGAGAACGAGACGCAGACAGAACAGAACACGGUAUUCACUGUGGCUUUGGGCACGGCCGUUCCGCUCAAUCUCCGCGGAACGACUGACGACACGCUCUACACCCACUACUCCGCCCUGAGCACGGUGCAGGCGAACUGGAAUCUCAAGUCGCUCGGACGCCAGGACACGAACAAAUCGGUCAGCAACGUCAUCGAGUUCGUCGCGAAGGAGGUCGGCUACAAGAACACCGCAAUCCCUCUCAGCCAGGUGCCGCACUUCAACAUCUCCGGAAAAACCCCGGGACCGUUGAACUCGGCGCUGUUUGUGCCUUUCUCGACGCCCGACUUGAAGGCCAAAGGCGCGGGAUCGGGUGGUGUGUUGACGCUUCCGGGCCUCAACACUCAUCUGACGCCGGGCAACCUCCCGCCGCCGAAGAACAUGACUGCGCUCAACUCGACUACGCCGUGGCAGAUGAGCCCGCGCACCACAAGCGGGAAGGCCAUCAUCCCGUGUGCCGGGGCCGCGUGUCCGUGAUCAGUUGUGCUGUGUUGUAAAUCACUGUGUACCAAUUUAUCGACGAAGCUUCCCUUUGAGAACGUAUUCAUUAGUCAGUGGUAUGACGCUGGGUCGUAGUUGUUUUUGUGUUGUUUUGUUCGUCAUCGAAUGCGAAACAGUGGAGCACACUAGUCGGCGUUCUUCGCCUUCGGCCUUGGGUUCUGUCAAAAGUUGCAGUCAGUACGAGUUGCUCGGCCCAUGAACGGAAUAAAAUCAUGAUAAUCCCAAGAGAGUUCUCCCUUGUGCACGAUCCCGGCCGCGCACCGCUUUCCUCUCGAGUACUGCAAACUACUGCAUAGACGCAGAACCCCAACCCUCGUGCCGCACAAGCAGCCUCAGGCCGAUCCGCACGGCGCAUAGUCUCGAGGUUCUAGCCUGCGCUUCCGAUCUUGGCCGGAUCCCCCUUCUCACCGGGGGCAGACGACGUGCCAGAUGCGUCUAUCGUGCCAUGUCGGGUUAGCAAUCUCGCGACAAUUCAGUGGUUGAAUCAUGAACGGAUUUCCGCUCACAGAUGCCCUCUUCUUCUCUUGGCCUAGUCCGUCUGCUUUCAGCUCAGCGCGAGCCCUGACUUCACGACGAGCUAGUGAUGAUUGAGUAUGCUGCAGUCACAUCCGAAUUCUGCCGAUCCGACCCCACAUAAAAAGGGGGCCAUGGCGUCCGAGUCCCUAGAUUGUUGUACAGUCCACGAUGUUGCUUGCUCGCACUGCGCUGCUCCUCCUGGCCACCGUCACCGCCACGGCGAACGCCCAGAACACCAAACAGGGGCUGCUUGAUUUCUACGCGAC